UUCGUAUGCUCCUCCGCCUACCUCCUCUUCUUUCUUCCUCCUCGCCGCGGCCGUUUGUUGCGUUUAGUCGGUUUGGCAGUGACCUGCCGUGCUCUCAGGUGGUGCCAGGGUCCGACAAGAUGACUCAGGUCGUAAGAAAACUCUGCCAAAUGUUUGUCCUCUUGGUUGUCGUGGCCUGCGUUGCUGCGGACGUCCCUCCGCCUAACUACAGGUACUACGGACCUCGAGGCCCUCCACCUUCGCACCUGAAGCGGCCCCUUCGUCUGCCGCCGCGACCUCCUCACGGUCCUCCCAAGUUCCGUCCGCUGCCCGUCCACCUCGGAAGAGCGCCUUCGGUGAACCGACCCUUCAAAGUAGCUCCUCCGUCUAGGCCAAAGGUGGCUCCUGUCAAGCAGUUCAGCCCGUCGCCGCCCGCCGGACCGGCCGCCCAUUACGUGGCGCCGAUUGUGACGAGCAACGAAGGCGCCAUCCACACCAUCCCGGCGCCCAAUUUGGGACCAAACUCUGGCUACGUCUCCGCACCUCCAGCUCUGGUGUCCAGCGUGGCCACCCCAGUCGUGCCUCUCAACUCAGUCGACCAUGGAUAUGAGGUUUUCGAAGAUCCUUCGAAGAACAGUUUUGGUCUGCCCUACUACGCCCCGGACCCUGACCCAAGCAGACCUGCACCUCAUGUGCCGGUGACCAGAGAUCCCAAUUCUCAUCCCAGUGUCUCAAGGUCUCCGUUGGAUCGUCUCAUUCUGCAGCAAUUCGAAGCCUCGGUGCCACAUUCCAUUAAAGUGAGUCCUCCGCAGUCACAGAUGGCCCAACUUCAGGCGGCGGUGCAAAACACAACCACUUUCUACGGCGACACGAACUCGCGAUUCCUGCAGGCCUUCCAGGACCAGUACGAAAAGUACAAGGGCUUUGAUCAAAGCGCCAGCAAAUUGAAAAACGACAUCGACUACGACAGCGGCGCCGAAGUCCGGUACUCCUUUGCACCGGCGCCGGCCUCUCACGAUCAAGAUGAUGCCGCGUCCGAGUUCUACGACGACGAAACCGAGGAGCAGAAGAGCGACGAGAUUUUGGAAGAUUCUGAUGCGGACUUUGGCGCGAGACUGAAAUCGAAAAGGAAUCAUUAAAUAAAUAUGUAUAACUAUGGUCGUGAAUUGUGGACUGCGGAGUUUAUUAGGUUGUAAUAAUUUAUUUGGUGGUUGUUUAUAUGUAUUGAUAGUAAUUUAUCAACUUCAAUAAAAGAUAAACAA